AUGACCUGCCCGACCAGCGGAUUCCAGCUCCUGGCGCUCCUGGUGUUCCUGAGCAAGAGUUGCACUGCUGUCUCCAAUGACGCCACAGAGUCAGUCAGUGCUCACCCGGUCCACGUCGCCCAGGAAGAAGGACCUGGCGAAGCUGGGAACCAGGCCAGGAAUGGUGGCAAACAGCAGUCUGGACCUGCACCCAACUCAACCCGCCCAGACCAGAGCCAGGUGGGCUGCAGGGAGCUGCGGUCUACCAAGUACAUUUCAGACGGCCAGUGCACCAGCGUCAACCCCAUUAAGGAGCUGGUUUGUGCCGGAGAGUGUCUGCCGGCUCACCUGCUGCCCAACUGGAUCGGGGGCGGUUACACAGGAAGGUACUGGAGCCGCAGAGAGGCACAACAGUGGCGCUGUGUCAUUGACCGAACCCGAACUCAGCGCAUCUGGCUCCAGUGUCAGGACGGCAGCGCCAGGACCUACAAGAUAACUGUGGUGACCUCCUGCAAGUGCAAACGCUACUCCAGACAGCAGAAUGACUCAGGACACAAGGACGCUUUGGUCCACGGCGGCAAACAGAAGCGAAAACACAGGAAGGACCGACUACCUGAGGAGAAACCAAGGAGUACAUCAGACAACUAAAAGCCAUGCGGCUACACA